UGCAAUAAUUCAGUCAAUUAAGUCCCCAAUAAAGAUUACGCUUGGUGCUCCGAUGGCGAUUGGGAUUCCCCUCGUGAGCUCGCUGAGAUGAAUGUCUGUGCUUAUGGCGAUUUAACCAAUCAAUGGUCGCAGUCACAUCUACGGAAUCCCUCUUUUCGAGCUCUUGCCGCUGACAUGUCCACGCAAGUUGAAUCCAGGGCUCCUUCUGUCAGUAAUGCGAGCCUCGACGACAAAUCUUUCGCAAAUCGCGCAAGAGGUUUUGCUGCUGGUGUGGCGUCCGGUAUUACAAAAUUAGCCGUUGGUCAUCCAUUUGAUACUAUUAAGGUGCGAAUGCAAACGUCUGGUUCAGCUGACGGUCGUUUCAAAGGUCCAUUGGACUGCUUUCUGUCGACCGUUCGCAAAGAAGGUGUGCGAGCCUUAUACAAAGGCGCGACUCCGCCCUUGGUGGGGUGGAUGUUCAUGGACAGUAUUAUGCUGGGAACCGUGCACAAUACAAGGAUGAUGCUUAAAUCAUAUAAUGGCGACCGUCCACUGAGUGUGUUUCAACAUGGUCUAGCAGGUCUAGCGGGUGGAUUGACGGUUUCAUUUGUUGCCACACCUGUUGAGCAAAUCAAAUCAAGGCUUCAAGUUCAGUACAGCGAUGGUGCUGCUCGUAUUUACAGUGGUCCCAUCGACUGCGCACGCAAAAUUGCCAAGAACAACGGAGUUUUCAAAGGAUUAUGGAAGGGAUUGUUGCCCACCAUGGCCUUUAGAUCAUGGUUCUUUGUGUUCUGGGCCUCCUAUGAGGUAUAUUCUAGGGAACUGAGAAAGCGUGGAUACUCAGAUAGCACGGUUACUUUUAUUGCUGGUGGUCUCAGUGCCAAUACUUUCUGGCUUGGAUGUUUCCCUACAGAUGUCGUCAAGAAUAGAUAUAUGACCCAACCAGAUGUGAAUCCACCACGGUUCCCUACUGUUCGAAGUGUGGCGAGAUUCGUUUACCAAACUGAAGGCUUGAAGGGAUUUUACAGAGGUUUCCUUCCCUCCUUCUUGCGAGCAUUCCCCACUAACGCCUCGGCCGUCCUGGCCUUUGAAACGGUCAUGAAGUUGCUUCACGAAUAGACACUCCCUUAGAUAACAUAGACUAACCUUGUUAAUAUCUAUACCUGCUUUGAAUAAAGCUAACCCACUUCAGUUCAUGAAAAUAUCCUUUUUCU